AUUGACAAAAGGCUCUACGAAUUUAAAACUGAGCUUCUUCAGAAAUAUCUCGUCUCUUCAGUUCCUUUUCAAGAACUCAAUUUUCCAUAUUGAAUUUUGAUUAUCCAGCCGCAUAUUCAUACACAGUCGAAUAAACACUUUCUUUCACCAUGGAUCGCGGAUUAAACGAACUUCUCAAAUGGAGUGUCGAGAACUCAGAAGCCUCAAGACAAUCCAUAGCAAACAUCAACGAUGACCCGACCUCGGUGCCACCUCCGACAACUCGCGGCCUGAACGAAGAUGCCUUAAGGGCCUUGAUGGGAGGACCAUCCGACGCAGACCUAAUGAAAGAAUCUAUGGCGGCUUUGCUGUCGGACGAAGUAGAUUUGGAGAACAAGAUGGUCGCCUUUGACAAUUUUGAGCAACUGGUGGAAACAAUUGAUAAUGCGAAUAAUAUGGAACCGCUAGGUUUAUGGUCACCUCUUGUGGGAUUGCUGCAGCACGAGGAAGCUGAUAUGAGGCGCAUGGCUGCAUGGUGUAUUGGCACUGCAGUACAGAAUAACCAAAAGGGUCAAGAUAAAUUACUCGUUCUGAAUGCCCUCCCUACACUGGUGUCACUUGCCACAAGCGAUUCCGACUCCAAAGUCCGCCGAAAAUCUGUGUAUGCACUUUCAUCUGCUGUCCGCAAUUUCCAGCCCAAUAUGGAUGAAGUCAUGUCGCAUCUACCUGCUGAAUAUAAGACAUCGGACCAUGUGGAUGCAGGAGACAUGGAAGCCAUUGACACAAUCUUGGAUAAGCUUCGAGGAGCUCCUAUCUGAAUGUCUUCAUGGAAUGCGGAAUAUAAUCACUGGAAGGAUCCAAAAAACAUCUGAUUGAAGCUCAUGCCGAGCUUCUCGCCAGGGCCAGAGGCGGAUGGACCUUUGGACAGACUCGCUUCGUUUCAACAAGCCAUGUCCGUCGAAAAAUUAGUACUUGGCUAUGAGUGCAUUAGAAAACCAUAUUGCCUAGGCACAGUGCCUGGAUACACGGUCUUAGAAGCAUGGAUAUGGGGGGACUGGUUUGGGUAUCCCUUUGAUAGAUGAAGAUGUAGUAUUCAAUUUGAAUACCGUUGUUUCCGC